GGAAAAAGUUUUACACAUAUGAAUAGUCUGAAAAAUCAUGAAAAGAUUCACACAGGAGAAAAGCCUUUCACAUGUACAGAGUGUGGAAAAAGCUUUACACAAAUGAGUACUCUGAAAACUCAUGAAAGGAUUCACACAGGGGAAAAGCCUUUCACAUGUAAUGAGUGUGGAAAAAGCUUUACAUAUAAGAGUCAUCUGAAAUAUCAUGAAAUGAUUCACACAGGA